AUGUCCAGCACAAACGGCGCCGCCUCGCCCCAAAAAACGACAUCGCCAACGCGACGCCAUCAGAUCAAGCGGUCGCUCUCCGAGUUGACAUCCCCGGGCAAGUCUGGCCGACGUAAGGACCGCCUGGGCAACGGCAACCACGGUGAAGGAAGCGCCGUGGCGGGUAGCAACGGCAACCGGCAUCUUCGCCAACCGCAUCUCGCUCCGGGCGGCGACGCUCGGAUGUCUCUCGACAUGUCGCAUGGCAGCAACUUCUCCCCUGCCAUGAGUCCUGAUCAGAGCAGGCGAGGCAGCGUGCUGAAUUCACAACUCGCACCACCGUCGGCCAGGGAGAAUAAUGACAGAGAGGAGGAGCAAAGAGCGAGCUCGUCAGAGGCUCGCAAUGCCGAGCUGCGGAAGAAUCAGGCGAGAAUCGCUGGCAGUACUGAGACCCUGACGCAGUCACUCAUCGAACUCAACGACUUCUCGGCCAAUGCCUCUCGACAACUCGACGAUGCCUACUACGCUGUGCUCGAGAAGAUGAGCGCCUUGCACUCUACGAUUACGUCGCUCAAGGGGCUGGCCGAGACGUCGCACGCAACAUAUGACACGUUUGAAAAGGACUGUCGCGGGCUGGAGAACCAGAUUGCGACGCAGCUAGGCGCCAUGGGUCACUUUCAGAACCACCAGACAAAGGUGGCAUCGCUGCAGAAGCGCAUCAACAAGGGACGCGCCAGGGUCAAGGCGCUGAGCGACCGGGUGGACACGGUGCGGCAGCGGAUUGAGAAGUGGGAGCGCGCGGACCGCCAGUGGCAGGAGAGCACGCGGCGCAGGCUCAAGAUUAUCUGGUCCGUCAUGUCGGUUGCUGUGCUGGUGCUGAUUGCCCUCAUGUGGACGGUGAGCAGCUCCUCGCAUGACGCGCGGGCGCCGGGUGCCGGGCCAACAGACAACCUGGGCCGCGCCAUUUCGAUACUCGAGCCGUUGAACGCCGCUGAUUCGAGGCAGCCGCCGGGGCCCGAAGGCAAGGAAGCACAGACGAGGAUUCAGUGGAAGACGCCUGCGCGGGGAAGGGAUGGCUUGCGUGCAUUCGACGAGCUCUGA